UUCAUUUCCCUACAAAAUUAAACUGAUAAAAAAGAAUCGAUCAAAUUCACGUCACUCGCACUGAGUUACUGACAAAUUCUUUAUGUAAUAAAGAGAUACAAAGCCAGUGAACACGACAGAGAAGAAGGCUAUGUUUGACUCCUCUCUCUCUCUCUUGCCGUCCGAACCUCCCUUCUUUAUACUCACUACCACCCUUCACUUCUCUUACUCUCACUCACCUCUGUAAUCUCUGUUAAAUCUUCAACUUCUAAUUCUAAUGGCUACUUUUCUCUCGCUGAAUUCCAAGAUUCCGGCUACCCUCCGCGGCAGCAGAGACUCUUCUCAGGCGACGCCGCUCUUCGUUCCGAGAGAGAUUAUCAAAUUAGUGAGUGUAGGCUUGAGCGGUUGGAGGAGUUGCAGAGUUGGAGUGGUUAGAGCAUCCGCCUCCUCCUCCUCUACUGAGGUGGUGGAUGAUCGCCGGGGUGUCGCCCGCCAGGAGAAGGCUGAGAAAGGAGGGAGGGUUUUGAGAGUCGGAGUCAUCUGCGGUGGACCCUCCGCGGAAAGGGGAAUCUCCCUUAACUCCGCCCGAUCAGUUAUUGAUCACAUCCAGGGGGAUGAUUUGCAUGUUAGCUGCUAUUACAUUGACUGUGACCUCAAAGCCUUUGCUAUAUCAUCAGCUCAGGUGUACUCAAACACUCCUGCAGACUUUGAUUUCAAGCUUGAGAGUCUUGCCCAAGGCUUCGAAUCUCUGUCCGACUUUGCAGAACACCUUGCUGCUUCUGUAGACAUAGUUUUCCCUGUUAUACAUGGACGUUUUGGAGAAGACGGUGGUAUUCAGGAACUACUGGAAAGAUAUAAUAUUCCAUUUGUUGGGACUAGGUCUGCUGAAUGUCAAAAAGCAUUUGAUAAAUAUGAAGCCGCAUUGGAGCUUGACAAACAAGGUUUUGUUACAGUACCCAACUUCUUAAUACAGGGAAAUGAUUUGGAUGAAUCCAAACUGCUGAAUUGGUUUGAAAGAAACAAAUUGGACAUUAAACUGGGGAAAGUUGUGGUGAAGCCAACAAAGGCUGGAUCAAGUAUUGGAGUUACUGUUGCCUAUGGUGUCACUGACGCUCUCCUAAAAGCUAAUGCAAUCAUUUCUGAGGGAAUAGAUGAUAAAGUCAUUAUUGAGAUUUUUCUUGAAGGAGGGAGUGAAUUCACAGCAAUUGUCCUUGAUGUUGGUUCAGGUUUUGAUUGCCAGCCUGUUGUUUUACUGCCAAGUGAGGUGGAGCUUCAAUUGCAUGAUAAUGCUAAUGUUAAGGAAAAGGAUGCAAUAUUCAACUACAGAAGGAAGUACCUUCCUACACGACAGGUUGCCUAUCACACUCCACCUCGAUUUCCUGUUGAAGUAAUUCAAAGUAUUCGUGAAGGAGCAUCGUUAUUAUUUCAAAGACUUGGUCUGCGUGAUUUUGCUAGAAUUGAUGGUUGGUUUCUUCCGUCUUCUGGUCAUGUUUCCUCUUCUGUAGGAAACAAAUUAGGAAGAACUGAUCUGGGUACAGUAAUAUUUACAGACAUCAACCUUAUUAGUGGAAUGGAGCAAACAAGUUUUCUGUUUCAGCAAGCAUCAAAGGUUGGUUUUUCACACUCAAAUGUCCUGAGGACAAUUAUUCAACGUGCUUGCCUGCGAUUUCCAGCUCUUCUGUCCAAUAGUAUCAUAUCAGGUGCCUCACAAAGAAAACCAAAUUCCUCAACACCAACUGAAGUACUUCCUAAUCCGAAACAAAAGAAGAAAGCUUUUGUUAUCUUUGGUGGUGAUACUUCUGAACGUCAAGUAUCUCUAAUAAGUGGAACUAAUGUUUGGCUUAAUUUGCGAGCAUUUGAUGAUCUUGAGGUGACACCAUGUUUACUUGCCCCUGGAAAUGGUUAUUCAUCUAAACUGGAUGAUAAUAAGCAGGGUGUGAAGUCUAGGACAGUAUGGUCAUUACCCUAUUCCCUUAUCCUAAGACAUACUAUAGAAGAAGUCCUUGAUGCUUGUUUGGAGGCAAUUGAACCUGAUCGAGUGGCAUUGACAUCUCAUCUACGGAGCCAAGUGAUGACUGAUCUCAUGGAAGGUUUGAGAAAUCAUGAAUGGUUCCAUGGUUUUGAUAUAUCUGAUGAAUUACCAGAGAGAUUUUCCCUCGAGGACUGGGUCAAGCUAGCCAAGGAAACUCAAGCAACAGUCUUUAUUGCAGUACAUGGCGGCAUUGGUGAAGAUGGCACGCUCCAGUCUUUGCUUGAGGAUGAAGGAGUCCCUUACACAGGUACUGGUGUGGUGGCUUCGAGAACAUGUAUGGACAAAGUUGCAACUUCACUUGCUCUAGAAAAUCUUGCAGAUUCUGGAGUUUUAACCAUAAAUAAAGUUGUAAAGAGAAAAGAGGAGCUGCUGAAAUUGCCUGUAACUGGACUCUGGCAUGACUUGAUAACAAAACUUCGUUCUAACACAUUAUGUGUUAAACCAGCUAGAGAUGGUUGCUCGACUGGAGUAGCAAGAUUAUGCUGUGAUGGGGACCUCACAGUUUACAUAAAAGCAUUGGAGGACUGCCUUCCUCGGAUUCCUCCCAACAGUUUUUCAAAGGCACAUGGGAUGAUUGAGAUGCCAAAUAAUCCCCCAGAGCUUUUAAUAUUUGAGCCCUUUAUUGAGACCGAUGCGAUCACUGUCUCAUCCAAAUCAAGAAAUGAGAAUGCACAUCAUUUGCUCUGGAAAGGAGACAGUAGAUGGGUAGAAAUCACUGUCGGUGUCGUUGGAAAGCUCGGAGCUAUGCGUUCACUGACUCCUAGUAUUACAGUUAAAGAAUCCGGAGAUAUACUAUCACUAGAGGAGAAAUUCCAAGGUGGAACCGGCAUCAAUCUGACUCCACCGCCACCAUCAAUUAUAAGUAGUGGGGCCUUGGAGAGGUGUAAACAACACAUUGAACUUAUUGCAAACAACUUGCGGCUGGAAGGAUUUUCCCGUAUUGAUGCAUUUGUUCAUGUCGACAGUGGUGAGGUUCUGAUUAUAGAGGUUAAUACUGUUCCUGGAAUGACUCCUUCCACUGUAUUAAUUCAUCAGGCACUUGCGGAGGAGCCUCCAAUGUAUCCUCACGAUUUCUUCCGCUCUCUACUUGAUCUCGCAUCAGAGAGGUGUAUGUAAUAUGUUCUGCUGUAAAAUCACUUCAUUCUGUGAGGAGAGUUUGUGGUUUCUUCUGUUUUUUGCUUUUCCAUUUCUCCUCUCUGUGUUGUCUUGUAUUUUCAUGUAAAUUUAAGGGCUUUACUGCCCAGAAUAUGUUACAUUGUCCAUUGUGUUGUAAAAUGAGAACCUAAUUUGCUGCUUCCUUGAAA